UUCUCGUCUAUAAAAACCAUAAAUCGGGGGAUGUGGAAGAGAGAUGGGUGGAAUUUCUCAAGAGUGAGAAUGGCGAAAGAAACCGUGAGAAAGUGUUCCCAUUGUGGAAACAAUGGACACAACUCCAGAACAUGUAACGAAAAGUUCGGUUUGAAGCUUUUUGGUGUAAGAAUUUCUAAGGACAAGCACAUGAAGAAGAGCUUGAGCAUGGGAAAUUUACAAUCAUGCACGGUUGAGCAUAAUUCCGGUGAUCCUGGUUAUCUAUCCGAUGGACCUGUUCAAGCGAGAAGAGAGAGGAAGAAAGGGAUCCCAUGGACUGAAGAAGAGCACAGAACUUUUCUAGCCGGCCUGGAGAGUCUCGGCAAGGGGGACUGGAGAGGUAUUUCGAGGAACUUUGUGCCGUCUCGAACUCCAACACAGGUAGCUAGUCAUGCACAGAAGUAUUUCCUUAGGCAGGCUACCUCCAAUAGGAAGAAGCGCAGAUCAAGUCUAUUCGAUGUAACCAUCCAAAGACCUGACCCAAGUCAUACUGCCCCAGAUUUACCACUCAAGCCAAUUAUCCAAUUCCCUGAACAGGCUGGUACCUCAGCUCAGAUUGCAAAACAAGUAGCAGUUCGAGGCUUGGAAGGUCCCACAGUUGUGCCCGUGUCUGCAACCUGCACUGCUCCUGACUUUGUUGGAAUGCCACACAUGGGAGGAAUUUCCUGUGGUAAACUGACAAAUCCUGCAGCAACAACUGAUCUUCCAACUGCAUCAUUCAUCCCGGCAGUGAAUCAUCCCAUCCUGGAUUAUGGUUAUCUUCCUAAAGCAUGCACCACCCUGGCUAGUACGGCAAUUUCCCUUGAGUCAGCCUUCAACCUGUGUCCUCAACCGGUCAUGCAAUGUGCAUCUCAAGCAGCUCCAGGAACUUCUGCUGUGAACACUGACUUGGAGUUGGCCAUCGGCCCACCUCAAGCACACAACCAGACCAAUUUGUCAUCUCAGACAUCCAACCUGAGUGGGGCUAUUCGAGUGGUCUGAAUUAUUUUGGGUGGACAAGUAUCUCAGAUUGGAUAUUUUGGUUUGAUUGUUUGAACCUAGAAAUAAAGAGUUCAGACAGUUUAUAGUUUCCUUUUGUUUCAUGUUACAAUCUAAUUAACUAAACCUUCAGCACA